AUGCCAACCAAGGCGGCCACUCCGAAACUUCCAGCCGAGUUGCUCCUGUCGGUCUUCAGUCACUUGCGCCGCCAUGAUCUCGCCCAGGUCUGCAAGGCGAACUCGUACCUCCGCUCUCUCGCCAGACCUCUGUUCUACCACUUCGGCACCCUCACCAAGUUCGGUCUCCACUUCCCAGGCGCGCCGAGCCCAUACCCUUUCCUCGACUUGCCGGAGCUCGGCCACGCCAGUUUCUCCAGUGACGCUCUUGAACGCCUCAGUGCCGACCUCAGAGCAAUUGACUUGCCCGCCCAUUUGCCCUCGGAUUGCGCUGCCUACCGAAAUUUGAAGAUGGAAGAUCUUCCUUGCCACCCGGAGGUCCUCCGCAUCCAAUGUGCAGUCCGAGUUCUCGAAGACCAUGAUGAGGAGGCUCCCGGUGGCGACUUCCCUCACAUCGAGCCGUUUCCGUCGGAGAGACGAUGCGAACAUGCCGUGGAUGGCUCUUGCGAUUGUGUUCACGAUUGCAGCUAUCGGCGCUGUGAGUACUAUUGUUUCUUCCGAAGUUUCCUCGUGUUCAACAAGACCUUCGACAAAGUGGUGCUCAGAGAUGGUCCGAUGGCAAUGUUCUACUAUGAUGACCGCCGGCUCCCAGAAGUGCGGCCUAGGAAAGAAUUCGUGGCCGUGCUCGACUCUCAUGAUAUCACGAAGACUGGCGACCACGUCCACGGCUGCGACAUCAUAACUUGGGGGCUGAGGCCAUUCUGGGGUUCGCAGGUAGUGACUGUUGUGCUGUGGACAGGCUCCCCCGAAAGAGGUUGGAUCCCUCCUUGCAUCAAGGGCUCUCAUGAGAGAUGGAUGUCCCCGACCGCUGCGGGCAACGAUGAAGGCUUUCAACGCGAAUGUCAAGGCAUGGAGUUCUUCUGGGCUGACAUGGGGGAGCAGAUCGGCUUCCUCAAAGCAAGUGGACCGGCCUGUACAACCGUGCGUAUCGUCAAUGCACUCUCGAUCAUCGAGUGCCAUGUGAGCUACGACACCGGAGAGUAUCGCAAACGGCGGAUUCGCAGCACUGGAAGCAUCGAGUCCGCGUUCAGAGAAGGCGCCAGAGACGCCCUUAGGGGUGAAGACUGGGAAGGAGAUGUGCAAUUCUGGACAAUGGAGGAAUGGGUAGCUCUCGGCGAGUGGGAAGAUGUCUUUACCCGCAAAGAGAUUGAGCCGUUCCUCAGACGGUAA